AUUUAUUCCUAUCUUAGUCUACGGUCUCUAUCUAAUAUAUCUGUAUUCGUGUUUGCAUUUAUCAAGUUAUUCUUGUUUGUUUGCUAGUUUAAAUACGUCACCAGGAACCUUAUUUUUUAUCUCAUAUUUCAUUCAAGUGUUUAUCACAUUUCUGAUAUUCCUGAAGGCAGCAUGUCGUGUGGGCGUGGUCAGAACGUUGCAGAAUGGUGAUACGUGCAGAGUAACAUCGUCGCCGUGGUGGACUGUCAGCGCAACUGUUCAAGUACAGCAGCCUCCUGCCAGGCACGUCCUCGGACCUUCAGGGUACAGUGGAGAAUCAGGAAGCACCCACUCUGGCUUGGCUUGGGAGGAGUUUUUAACGGCUGCUCAUGCAGUUAUUUAUUUUCUGACUGAAGCUGUUGGAAGGAAGAGGAGCGGGGUGGCUAAAUCCUCUGUCCGUCUAUCAAGAUACAGUGAAUAAAGGAGUCUAUGUGCAUCCGGUAAAAAGAAACAAAAACCUUUCUUACACAUGAACAUUUUGACAACAUGGAAGACGAACUGAUGUUCUCAAUGGAGGAGGAGGGCAGUGCCAAGAGACCCUCCAUCCAGCGCAACGGUGCUAAACAGCGAGCUUCUUCCCUUAGUGAUGCCAAUGCCAGUGAUGAUGAGGAAGAUGAUGAAGAAAACUUCAUCUCACCUAUUCUGGAUGAUUCUGCCAAAGAAGUCUGCCAUUAUCUGAAAAACCUGGUUUACCACCGACAGCUGUCAAACUCUCUUCCUAAGACCAACUUUAUCUACAAGCAUGAACCAGAGGCAGAACCUCGGUCAUACAGUGUUUUGUCUGAGAGCGCACGGGCGGCAUGGAUAAGUGCGAUAGAGAAGGCCCGAACUAUGCCCGACCCCUGGGCACAGUUUCAUCUGGAGGAAAUCCCGACUGAGCCUUGCAUUCGUUACAGGUACAAUGCCAUCACGGGAGAGUGGAAUCAAGAUCAGAUCCACAUCAAGAUGGGUCCACAGCCAUUUGGGAAAGGGGCCAUGAGGGAGUGCUUCAGGACGAAGAAGCUGUCAAAUUUCUCACACAGCAGCAACUGGAAGACGGCGUCCAACUAUGUGGCCAAGCGUUACAUGGAGACGGUGGACAGAGAUGUCUACUUCGAGGAUGUUCGGCUGCAGAUGGAGGCCAAACUUUGGGGGGAGGAGUACAAUCGCCACAGACCUCCAAAACAGGUGGACAUCAUGCAGAUGUGUGUGGUGGAGAUGACAAACAGACCAGGCAAACCUCUUUUCCAUCUAGAGCAUUACAUCGAGGGCAAGUACAUCAAAUACAACUCCAACUCUGGUUUUGUGAGAGAUGACAACAUCCGACUCACUCCACAGGCAUUUAGUCACUUCACCUUCGAGCGGUCAGGCCACCAGCUGAUUGUGGUGGACAUCCAAGGAGUUGGUGAUCUCUACACAGACCCUCAGAUCCACACAGAGAAAGGGACUGAUUUUGGAGAUGGAAAUCUAGGUGUGCGAGGCAUGGCUCUCUUCUUCCACUCCCACCUUUGCAACAAGAUCUGCAAAAGCAUGGGCCUGACGCCUUUUGACCUCGCCCCAGUAGAGAUGUCCCAGCUGGACUGCACCAACAAACUGCUGAAAAGUGCCCAGACAGUGCUGAGGGGCUCCGAGGAGCUCUGCGGCUCUCCCCGCGUUCGUACUUUCUCUGCAAGCCGAAUGCCUCCACUGUUAUCCCGCAUGUCUGAGACCUCCUCUGCAGACGAAAGCGACGCCGAAUCCAUCCCGUGCUCCCCUCUCAUCCUCCCCUGCUCUCCUCUAGUGGCAGGUGGAUCUUUGUGCAAGUCACCUUCCGGCUUGUCUUUUACUGGAAUGUACGAGCACGACAGACUCAACAAUAACAACUCAGCUGAACACAAGGAAUCAGAAAACGGUGGAGACAGUGGCUACCCCAGUGAGAGGAGAAGUGAAGGGGAUCCAAAUGACCAUGUCGAUGGGGUUCAUCAUCGCUACCACAGGCCUUAUUCUGAAUCGGAUGAGGACAGUAUCAGAAGGAGGAAGAUGGUUGCUCCUCCAAGAGUCUCUGCGAACUUAAAUUCAAACAGUCCCGACAACGAACGGCUGACAGAAGAGAAGUGGAGCUUCUACCAUUCAUCUCGUGCUCACGUUCAUCGACCUUCCUGUGUGGCCACUGAGGUGGAGCGUCUCAACGCUCUACUGCAGAAGAAAAUUGGCCAGUCAAUCCUCGGAAAGGUCCACCUGGCCAUGGUCCGCUACCAUGAAGCGGGUCGUUUCUGUGAGAAGGAUGAGCAGUGGGAUCAAGCUGCUGCCAUGUUCCAUCUGGAGAGAGCAGCCCUGUGUGGAGAGCUGGAGGCCAUCGUAGCCUUGGGACAGUGCUGCAUGCAGCUGCCUCAUCACAUACUGCCCGAUGUGGAGCUGGAGGAUAAUGCAGGAAACAAGAUGAAAGGUUUCAAGUAUCUGCUCCAGGCUGCUGAAGCUGGUGACAGAUCUUCAAUGAUCAUAGUGGCCAGAGCCUUUGAUACUGGAAUCAAUCUGUCAGCUGACAGAAAGCAGAACUGGGAGGAAGCAAUUCACUGGUAUGACAGUGCAUUGAACAUGACAGACUAUGAUGAGGGCGGAGAGUUCGAUGGCACGCAGGACGAGCCUCGCUACUUGCUGCUGGCUAGAGAGGCAGAAAUGUACCAAGAGGGAGGACACAACCUCACCCCAGACCCACAGAGAGCAGGUGAUCUGUUUACAGAAGCCGCAGAAGCUGCCAUGGCAGCCAUGAAAGGUCGUCUGGCCAACCAGUACUACAUGAAAGCUGAAGAAGCCUGGGCGUUGAUCGACGAGUAAUUAAAAAUACAUGUUUUAUGCAUUCAGCAGACAGCCUGAAUGAUUACAGUUUACAUAUUUUUAUGACAGAAUUUUUGCUGUUGGCAGUUUGUGUGUGUGGGUGUGUGUGUACCAUCGAGGAUCUGAGUUUUCUCUCCCCAUUUUUCUAUCUGUUUGGCUAAUCAUCCCGACUCCUUUCCCCCUUAAUUUCCUGUCUCCCGUUACAUUUUUAUUUAAGUGAAUAUGGUGAUAUGAAAGAAAAAGAUAUUGGCUAUUGGAACAAAGAAAAUGAUUUACUUAUUUCCCCCUCAAAUGUUAAUUUGCUUAUGUUGAAAGAAUUUAUGUAUAAAAGUGCAAAAAGAGUAUACAAUUGUAAAAUAAAGUUUGCAUUGCUUUUUA